ACAUAAAAAAUAAAAGGACAAACCCAUCUCAAGACACAAAUAAUAGCCUCACAUAUAUAUCAAUAAUUAGACAUGAAUAUUACCUAAACAUUAUCCUUUUUUAUAUAUAUAUAAACGAGAAGGAAAACUAAAAUCAUGCAACAACCAACAACAAAAAUGGAGUCUAGUAAUCCUCCUCAUACCCAAAAAAAACCACAUGCUGUAUUAGUACCAUUUCCAGCACAAGGUCAUGUGAAUCCCUUCAUGCAUCUAGCCAAACUACUUCGUUGCAAUGGUUUCCACAUAACCUUUGUAAACACUGAAUUCAACCACAAACGUUUGAUUAAAUCUCUUGGAGAAGAUUUUGUGAAGGGUCUCCCAGAUUUUCAAUUUGAGACCAUACCCGAUGGUUUGCCACCAUCGGAUAAAGAUGCGACACAAGAUGUUCCACCCUUGUGUGACGCAACUAGGAAAGAUUGUCAUGCUCCUUUCAAAGAGCUUGUGAAUAAGCUUAACUCUUCAUUACCACAUAUUCCAGUUACUUGCAUAAUUGGUGAUGGCAUAAUGGGAUUUGCUGGAAGAGUCGCAAAGGAAUUGGGUAUUCCGGAGUUACAACUUUGGACACCUUCUAGUGUUUGCUUUGUUGGAUAUUUGCAUUAUGAUGAACUUGUCAAUAGAGGAAUUAUUCCAUUCAAAGAUGAAAGUUUUAUGGUCGAUGGCACCUUAGAUACAAGGUUAGAUUGGAUCUCUGGAAUUAAAGAUAUAAGAUUAAAAGACCUUCCAAGUUUCAUGAGAGUCACCGAUCUAAGUGAUAUUAUGUUUGAUUUCUUGGGCUCUGAGGCAAAAAAUUGUUCAAGGUCAUCAACAAUCAUCAUUAACACAUUUGAAGAAUUGGAAGAUGAAGCCCUCAACUUCCUCAGAGCAAAAAACCAAAACAUAUAUACCAUUGGCCCACUUCACUUGCUUGGUCGGCAUUUUCCUGACAAAGAAAAUGGUUUUAAAUCAAGUGGUUCAAGUUUAUGGAAAAACGACCCAAAAUGCAUAAAAUGGCUGAAUAAGUGGAAACCUAGCUCAGUUUUGUAUAUUAAUUAUGGAAGUAUUGCUGUUAUGACAAAAAAUCACUUGAAAGAAUUUGCUUGGGGAAUAGCAAAUAGCAAGUUACCAUUUUUAUGGAUAAUGAGGCCAGAUGUUGUAAUUGGUGAAGAAACUUCAAAUUUACCGCAAGAGUUUAUAAAUGAAGUUAAGGAUAGAGGAUACAUAACUAGUUGGUGCUCUCAAGACCAAGUGCUUGCUCAUCCAUCCGUCGGAGGAUUCUUAACUCAUUGUGGUUGGAAUUCUACGGUCGAAGCAAUUUCUUCAGGUGUGCCUACUAUUUGUUGGCCAUUCUUUGCUGAUCAACAAACAAAUUGUAGGUAUUUAUGCAACACUUGGGGGAUAGGAUUGGAAAUUAACUAUGAUGUGAAAAGAGAUGAGAUAACAAAACUUGUGAUGAAACUUAUGGAAGGAGAGAAAGGAAAAGAAAUGAGAAAAAAGUGCUUGGAGUGGAAGAAGAAAGCUAUAGAUGCUACUGAUUUGGGAGGAUCAUCAUACAAUAGUUUUCAUAAAUUAAUUAAAGAGAUUCUUCAUCAUCACAAUGGUAUUUAAGCGCUCUUGUUUAUAAUUGGUCUAAUAUCAAAUAAAAGGCUAUAGUGUUCUAUUAUUUUAAAGUUACAAUAUUUUUUAUUUGAGCUUCAAUGUUAUCAUAUUAGACUAUUCUAAAUUUGGUGUUAUCCUCCAUUAGUGUAAGGAGUUUGUACCUUAAUUGUAUUUUUCCUCAUAAUGUUACUAUUGUAGUUACAAAGAGGGAAAUAAAUGAUUUUUUUUUUUAUUAUGAUACUAUAUUGUUCAUUUGAUUAA